AUGUCAAGCAAAAUUACGUGCUAUCUGGAUUGCGUGUCGCCAUACUCAUACUACGCUCUACUGCAUAUUGAGAGAAACAGACAGGUCCUCGAAGCGCACAAUGUAGAGAUUGAUAUAGUACCCGUCUUCCUAGGCGGCAUCAACGUCGGCAGCGGAAACAAGCCACCCUGGAGCCUCGACGCAAAAGCGAAGUACGGCGCAUACGACAGCGCGCGAGCGAAGAAACAAUUCGGCCUUCCUAAUCUACAGUCGCCGGAUUUCUUCCCUAUUCUCUCACUGCUACCACAGCGGGCAUUAUGUGCUGUGAAGGAAGCGCAUCGAGCGGAAUUCAUCAACAUCUUUUUUGACAUAUUCCACGCUAUGUGGGAGGACGGCAAGGAUGUCAGUAAGCCAGAGAUCCUUUUAGAAGUACUUCAGCUGCGUCUCAAAGCAGACGAAGCCAAGGAGAUCGUGGCCAAAGCAAAUAGCCCGCCGUACAAGCAGAGGCUGAACGACAAUACCAAGGAAGCGCUCGACCAUGGCGCUUUUGGUUGCCCAUGGUUCUUCGUACGCAACUCCAAGGGGGAAGAAGAGCCGUUCUUUGGUAGUGAUAGGUAUGUGUCUUCUUCACUAAAAUUCACUUGUCCGUAUCUUGACUGGCAUCCUCGUAUGUCCGGCUAUGCAUAGAGCGGGCUGGACCUCUAUGCACAUCGUCACGUCAGUCAAGGCGCUCACCACGGGAAGUGGGGGUACCGCUGUAUAUCCAGGAUGUGAUGCGAACUAUUGAAACGCGACCAACCGAUGGUCAAGAGCUGUGGGGCGUGCUGACAGAUCUACCAUACAGAUUUCAUUAUAUGUGGGAAUACCUGGGGCUGCCAUGGAAGGACGUCGAGCUGUUGCCACCGGGUAAGGCGAAGGCGAAGAUCUGAUGGACAGGCAUUAUCGGGGUGGCUUGCAAGCAUGUCGGUAUGUAGUUAUUGUGGAAAUGGGGCGCCAAGCCGCGUGGUGGAUAGCUGUGAACAUGCAUCAGACAGGUCUGCGACUCUCAAGAAAAUGUCGUCCAG